AUGUGGAACAGCUCCUCCCCCUCCCCUCAGAUUGUCUUCUAUGAGGACAGGAACUUCCAGGGCCGUUCUUAUGAGUGCAGCAGCGACUGUGCCGACAUGUCGUCCUACCUGAGCAGGUGUCACUCCUGCAGGGUGGAGAGAGGCUGCUUCAUGGUCUACGACCACACCAACUUCAUGGGCAACCAGUUCUUCCUGAGGAGGGGCGAGUACUCCAACUACAUGAGCAUGAUGGGAAUGAACGACUGCAUCAGGUCCUGCCGCAUGAUCCCCAUGCACCGCGGCUCCUACAGGAUGAGGAUCUAUGAGAGGGAGAACUUUGGAGGCCAGAUGUCCGAGCUGAUGGACGACUGCGACAACAUCAUGGACCGUCACCGCAUGUCCAACUGCAUGUCCUGUCAGGUGAUGGACGGACACUGGCUGAUGUACGAGCAGCCCCACUUCAGAGGCAGGAUGAUGUACAUGAGGCCUGGAGAGUACAGGAGCUUCAUGAACAUGGGCAUGGGCAGCAUGAGGGUCAUGAGCAUGAGACACAUCAUGGACUCCUACUACUGA